AUGGUCAUGGCGAACCCGGACAUGCUGCCGCCGGGGUUCCGGUUCCACCCGACGGACGAGGAGCUGAUCCUCCACUACCUCCGCAACCGCGCCGCCAACGCGCCGUGCCCGGUCGCCAUCAUCGCCGACGUUGACAUCUACAAGUUCGAUCCAUGGGACCUGCCAUCCAGGGCCGCGUACGGGGACAAGGAGUGGUACUUCUUCAGCCCGCGCGACCGCAAGUACCCAAACGGGAUCCGGCCGAACCGCGCCGCAGGGUCCGGCUACUGGAAGGCCACCGGCACCGACAAGCCCAUCCAAAGCAGCGCCACCGGCGAGAGCGUCGGCGUCAAGAAGGCGCUCGUCUUCUACCAGGGCCGCCCGCCCAAGGGCACCAAGACCAACUGGAUCAUGCACGAGUACCGCCUCGCCGCCGACGCGCACGCCGCACACACCUACCGCCCCAUGAAGUUCCGCAACGCCUCCAUGAGGCUGGAUGACUGGGUGCUGUGCCGGAUCUACAAGAAGGCCAGCCACGCGCCGCCGAUGGCGGUGCCGCCGCUCUCCGACCACGAGCUGCAGGACGAGCCCUGCGGCUUCGACGAGAACCCGUACGCCGCGACGAGCGCCGCCAUGCUCCUGCAGGGCGCGUCGUUCCCGGCGCUGCAUGCCGCGUCCACCGGCGCGCAGAGGAUGCCCAGGAUCCCGUCCUUCUCGGAGCUGUUCAAUGACCCCUCGCUGCUGGCGCACUUCUUCGAGGAGGGCGGCAUGCAUCAGGACAUGGCACGGCUCGGUAACCACCAGCAGCACGCCCCUCUCCUCGGCCGCCCCGUCACGAGCCAACUGCUGGUCAACAGCGGCAGCAGCAUGUCCCCGGGGCAGAUCCAGCAGAUGGAUCCGCCUGCCUCGACGUCGGCCGCUGGCGAUGGCGCAGCUGUCAAGCGCAAGAGAUCAUCAGAGGCGAGUGCUGCUAGUGCCAGUGCGCUGUCGAGCCAGCAGGCGUCUGCAGCCAAGAAACCGAACGGCUCCUGUUUUGGUGCGACGACGACGUUCCAAAUAGGCAACGGGCUGCAGGGGUCGUCGCUGGGCCAACAGAUGCUGCUUCAUUCUUCUAACAUGGGGAUGAACUGA